AUGUCAGGCGCAGGUCCAGCUUCGCCUGAUGAAGAGCCUGCCUCUUCAGACCCCCUUGCUGGUUCCAGGGCGAAUCUGAGCGCAGGAGAUCCCAGUCGCAACCGCAGGACUCGGCCGUCUGCAGCUUCAACGCCUCAGCCAUUACCGAACGUGCCAUCGCAAGGAUCGACCCGGAACAGAGGCACUCGCACUGCUUCAGGCCAUCCGCCGUCCAUUCUGCCGCCUGAAAAGGUGUUUCCCAUCCAGAUUGGUUCAGAUCUUUUCAGGUUAUCUGGGGCCUCCAUAUCCUCCGAUGCCCCUUCCUACUUCACCCAGUUUUUCGAGGAGCAGAUCAGGCAGAAUGAGGACUCUGGUGGUGUCAGGACCCUCUACAUCGACCGGGACCCGGCGACCUUUCGAGACGUCGUGCGACAUCUACAAGGUUACUACGUCAAGCCUGUCGACGGGAGUCAUUUUGUAAAGCUAUUCGCGGACGCUCAAUUCUACAGCCUGCCACGGCUGAUCCACCAGCUGUUCGAGUCGGAAAUCUUCAUCCAGAUUGGCGAGCGACACUUUCAAAUCCCCAAAGACAUCUUCUCGGAGCCGGGGAACUCGCCCAACUUCUUCUCUCUCGGCUUUGCCGUCUUCUUCUCGUCGCCCGAUGAAGUUUUCCCAGGGCUAGAUCGGCGAGGGCUUCUCCGGCCGCCGUCCAUCACCCCUCCUUGUGUUCCCGGUCGUUCGUCCGAGAUCUUCGCCGAGUUGCUCCACCUGCUACGGGGCUACCCGUUGUAUAUCAGAAACGAAACCCACCGAGCCGAGCUCCUCCGCGACUGUCGCUACUUCCACCUUCGAGGACUGGAGCAGAGGAUCAUUGCUCACGAGACCAGCUACAAUUUGGAAAGACACAAACAAGAGAUUUGUUUACGACUGGAGGAUGUGAAGCCCUCGGGGGUGUCGUACCACGGCGACGAUGCAGCGGGUGACAAGGAAAUGGCGGGGGGAUGGGUCUACUACGCGAGGCCUUUUGUGGACGACACGUCGUACGAAAUGGUGCUCGAAAUCGGUGGCGAAUGUACGGUGCUUGAUCUGACCGACAUGAGAGCCGACUUCCACGGAUUAACCAAGGCGCGGGUGUCGUCCCUUUUCCAGGUCGUGGCCAACAAAAUGAACCUACCUACCAACGCUCCGCUGGGGUUGAUGAUGCUGUCUGGAGGGCCAUCAUUUCAAUCUGCCAGUCCAGGAAAUACACCACUCAGCGAGGACCUGGUCAAGGUCCGGUUUGAGGCGGCGACAGACAUCACCCUGGACGGCCAGAGGUAUGAAAUUGACGGAGAAAGUCCAUUGGGACAGGUGAUGCUUCAGGGGCCUGCUCUUGGCCCUGGUGGAUCAGAGUCUGACUCGGAGGUCAUGAGUGAUGCGACCGCAUCAAGGCAAGCCACGUUGACGGCCGGGAGCCACCAACGACAUGCUCCAAGUCGGCAUGCUCCAAGUCGACAAGCCCACGUUGGAACGUCGUCGCAAAAGGCCGGAAGCCGCAGGUCCGUUCCCCUUCCGCCGGCACCGACACCGACACCGGCACCAAGCCAGACCAGUCGAUUGUCGGCUCCAGCGCCAUCGACGAAAAAGCGAAAGAGACAAAGUAGUCAAGGCGAUUUCGGAGAGUGGACCAUCCGCACCGGACAGUGGCGCCUGCGAGUCCAACCCAGCGUCCAAGACGGCAGCAGAGGCGGCUUGGAGAUCAUCUUCAUCGGGGUCAAGAUUGACGCGUACUCUGGCGAACGGGCGAGGAACGCCAGGAGGGGGUUUCUGAGCUGA